AUUACAUCCGGUUCUUCACUUCCGAUUUCCGUAUUUGUCAAUAUUCAGUUCAUACAAGCAGAGAAUGUGAAAGUACUAGCCGUUUAUUUGAAAUAGUGUGAAGUAGUCGCACUUAGAAAAUGGAUCUCGGUAGUCCAGUGAAAAAUGAUGAGAAAGAAAUGAGCUCGCCUCUGAAGAGGAGCCAUGAUGAUAACCCGCAGGACACGGAAAUAUCGCCGGUCAAGUCAUCAGGCGAAACUCCAGAAAAAGAAGGGAAGCAUUCAGAUGGCAGAUUGUCUUCUGAGUCCCCGCCAGAUAAAAAGAGGAAGGUUGAAAAUGAAGAAGAGCAUUCGCAUAACAAGCAAAAAAGGGAAAAGCAAGAGGAAGAAAGAUUGAAAAUGCAGGUGUUGGUGUCCAACUUCUCCGAAGACCAACUGAACCGAUACGAGAUGUACAGGAGAGCUGCUUUCCCUAGAGCAGCAAUAAAAAGGCUGAUGCAGUCUAUCACAGGAUCCUCCGUCUCCCAGAAUGUGGUGAUAGCCAUGUCCGGUAUCGCCAAGGUCUUCGUUGGAGAAGUCGUAGAGUCAGCACUGGAUGUGACAGAGCAGUGGAAUGAUACAGGGCCUCUACAACCCAGACACCUUCGGGAAGCGGUUCGCAGACUUAAAAACACUGGACUUAUUCCUUCAUCGAAGACAAAGAAAGUCUUCUUUCAGCCAUGACUCCUAUAGGAUCUACUGGGUUAAUCUAAUAGGACCAUCAGAGACCAUAAAGCAUAGCUAGGAUGGGAUGUUACUUCCCCCACAACUGGUGUUGAUGUUGCCACAUUUGUGAUGUGUUCUGCGGGAACAUCAUCCUGUGAUGCUAGGGAGAUGUGGCUGAUGCAGGCAUGAACGUGAUUCAGCUGCAGAGACCAGAUGUAGUGGAGGGUGGAACAUCAGUUACGUGAUAAUAAGUAUUCUAGGAUUUCACAAUAUUCAACAUUGAUUCAGAUCUGCAUUCAGAAUCCAAACAGUCAGCUGUGGGGAGUCUUUUAAAGGUAUCUCACCAACCGGCUUUACAGGAAGUCAGGUUAUAAGCCCUGAUGCUGAAUCCAACAGUUUUGAUUGAUAUUUGCAUUUAUUGACAACAUGAAAAUCACACAAGAUUAAUUUGAAAUUUAGACCAUAAAUGAUUUCACUUGCACAGGUCAGCAUGAUCUGUCCUGUAUGCCGAGUAUGUGUGUGUGUGAGAUGGUGAAAGUAGGUCCAGCAGAAUGAUGGUGGAAGCAUACUGUGUACAUGGAUGAGAGUAAGCGGUUGUGUUACUUCAUGCUGUGGACAUGUUGAAAAUAACCAACAUCACUGUGUUGGUGAAUGUCGUCAGGAAACUCUGUUCUUUUGUAAAGAAUAAACGGACUUGAGAUAA